CACAAGUACACAAAGCAAAACAAAAAAGGGGAUUUUUUUCGAUCAGGUCAGCCAUACUUGGCAAUACCCAAGUAACUUCCAGGUUAACUGGUAAAAAUAAGGACUGAUUGAAACAUCACAAUGGGAACAUUUUUAAGCAUGCCAGCUGAAAGACAGAGGUGGGCAAAGCCCAAUAUCAACAAGUGCCCAUGCCAACAACUCCACAAUGACCUUAAAAUUGCACUUGCAGAUGAAGUCAGCAAAUCAGAGCAUCUACCAAAAAUUAAAUGUCAGCUCCGGGGCAAAAUUGGAGCUGGGCAUUUGGAAAACUUGGACACACUGGCAUUACUGAAUGAUCUGGAUGACAGGAAAAUAAUAGCCCCCGGAAAUUAUGGAGAAUUAAAAAAUUGGCUAAAAAAAGCAGGCAUUGAACGAUUGUGUGACACUAUUCAGGCGACAGAAAAUGAAGUAAGCCAUUGUGAAAUACACCAAAAGGAGCCAUCACAGAGCAGGAAGAGGAAAAGAGAUGAGGAAAUUCAAACUACUGCAGGAUUGUGUGUAAGAAAUUGCAGAACUUGUAAAUUAAAAAAUGGAAAAUAUGAAAAAGUCUACAAUGGUGUGAAGAUUAAACUCCUAAACAAGAAGAGUCAGAUGGCCAGUCUUAGUUACCAAUCAGAUAGUGAUGAUGAGACAACUUCAUGGAUUUCCAAAGUUGCAGAUACAACCAACAACUUCUUAGAAAAAUCCAACAUUAAGGAAGGUUUUCACAAGAAAAAUGUUUUGCAUGCAAAACUGCACAUUGCAUACCUGGCAUCGAAAGGUAUUGCAAAAUCAGCAGACAAAUACUUCACCGAGGAGAUGUUAAGUACCCAAGAAAUGUUCAAAAAGGCUGCAGAGAAAUUUUGUAAAAAGGGGGCAGCACUAACCAAACUCAUAGAAGGCUGCGUAGAGUGCACAUUGCUGUUUGAUGCUCCUGAAAAGCUGCAGAAUUUCUGGACAGAGUACAAGUCUGGCAGCCUUUCUGAGUUCCUAACACAGGAGUAUAUUACUGCAGAACUUGAGGAGAUGGAGGGAGGACAGAGACUGUAUGUGGAUGUGUACAUCUGUGAGCAGGAGCUGGCCACAGCCUGGGAUUUUUUUGCACGGCCAGGAGAACCAGAGGACCAAUCAAACCCUUUGACCUCGAGUUCUGUUGAAAACAAGUCAGAAGAUAGAAUAAAGCAAGAACCAACAAGCUUAAGCAACAUAAACCAUGGCAUCCAUCUGAAAACAGAACCAGAGCCCUCAACAUCAGACACUGCACCCAAAUCUGAACCAUUAACAGAAGAAGGAAGACCAGAGGUAGAAAUGACGAUGUGUGAAGUCAAACAAGAACCAAAUGAAAUGACAGAAGAGCCUUUGGAGAAUAUGGGAACAGAAAAUUGGCCUGUUGAGCGCACCAUUGCUGAUGCAAUAUUCCACACCAUAUCAACCCGAAUGUCCUUCAUGUGGAGGAAAAUGGCAGUUGAACUGGGACUGGAUGAGGAUGAAAUUACAACCAUAGCAUCUCAGCAUCCAGCCAGUGAGGAGCAACAGUGUGUUGAAUGUCUAGAGUACUUCCUCAAUAAGAACUUCUCCAAACCAUGUGGUCAACUCACAGCAAGACUGGUAUCUGCUGUGUAUGCUGUGCAACAGCCUGCAUUUGCUGCAACCCUCUGCGAACUUAUGCAAAUGGAAGGGCUACCCAUCUGUCAUGACCUCAUUGUUAGAUGCCAGGGUGAUUCUAAUAAUGAACCAUUUGAUGCUGCUGAUUAUGAUCCCAAAAAAGAUGAUGAUUGGGAUGAUAACAUGGAUGGAGAGCACAACUGCAGAAAACCAAAAGAAGAUGAAGAGCAAAGUUCUAGCCUGAAGGAUACAGGAGGCAAUGCUCUUGAUUUAGGCUCUAGAAGCGCCUGUACCUCAAUCACCUCAGAAGACACAAAUAAUUUUGAUUCAGUGAUUAACGGAAAAGAUAAAGAAACUUUCAGUAAAGUUUCUGAGGAGUCCUCUCACAGUGAUACUGAAAGAUCCAACUCAACACCAGACAGACUGCAGUCAUUGCUCAUGACAGACACUAUCAACUUUACAGGUAUGGAAGAGAUCUACCACAUAAUUGAGACAUCACCCAAAAAAUUGACCAACCUUAGCAUGGCUUAUCAAGAAAAGCUUGCAACUGAACUUCUAUAUUUAGGUUGUAGGGGGGAGAAGAAUGCAAAACAGUGUAAAUACCUCAAGGAAAUGUUUAUAAGGUGUGCAUCUUCAAACAACCCUGAGGCCAACAUACUGACACGCAAUAUGCUGAGAGACAGACUGAUGAAAAUAUUUGAAAACACUACUGUACAGAACCCUUCUUUGUUCACAGAAAACUGGGAAAUCUUAUAUCGCACUGCUAGCACUGAAUCUUGGUCAUCUACUUCUAAAGUCUUCCUCAGACUCUAUUGUGAUUUUUCUGGUGACAAGUUGCUGGAAAGAGUUUUAUGCAAUAGCACCCAGCUCCAAAAAUAUGUAUCAGAACAAUUAAGGAAGGAUGCAACUUUUGAUUACAAUAAAGAGACAAUUACCAAAUUUCUAUCAGAGAUAAUAGGAAAUUGUAAAAAAGUUACUGAUAUCCAGAAUAUCUUUGUCAGCCACAGUGGAAAACAACAGGAUACAUUAGGACAAUGUAUCAAAACGUUGUCCAAAAAAAGAGCAGUCUCAGAGUUUGUGCUACAAUUGUUAUUCCAGCUCCACUUAUCAAAAACUAAACAACAAUCAUUUCUGUCUGCAGAAGAGAGGACACUAGUCUUGGAUGUGCUGUCACAACAUGUAAAAAAAAAUGGACCAUGCCUCCAUGCUGGUGAAGGAAAUGCUGAAGUUUUGAUGGAGUACUUUUUUACCAACCAUGAAUCUACAGAGGCAGAGCAUACACUGUGUAUGGAGAUUUUAGCCAAGGAUGAGAAAACAUCAGAACAUCUACUACAACAGUUCUACAAGAUUCACACAACCAGGACACAAUCAGAAUCAGAGAGGACAUUAUUCCUGAAAGUUUUGUCACAACAUGCAGUACAACAUGGGAGCUGCUGGGAUGCAGGUGAAGGAAAUGCUGUUAUGUUAUUACAUAGAUUCACAUACACAGUCUACAAUAUUAAUUUGAAUGUAAUUUGUGAUUUCUUUUCAUAUCAGAUUGUUGGUUGUUGUUCUGAAGAGUUAAAGGCAGCACAGCAUUGGAAUGGAGCUGGCGUGAUAGAACUUUUAAAAACUAUACCAAUUGCUGGUGGACCCUGGUUAAUUACGGAAAUGCGUAGAGGGGAAACAGUAUUUGAAAUUGAUCCUACACUCCAGGAUCGUGUUGAUCAAGGUAUUGAAAAUGAAGGCUCCAACUUAAGUGGCGUGAGUGCCCGCUGUGCAUGGGAGGAACCUAGUGACAUAGAUAGACAUGACAAAGUGAACGAGGAGGAAAAUAAAGAAAACAGAUUUAUAGAUGGUGAUAGAAGAGGCAGCAGUGACAUAGAGAGGCCACACAUAUCUGCUUUUGAAUCUGAACAAAUCAAAGCCACAUUGAAGAAAGGGCUGAACACAGCUCAUCAAAUCAAACAAGAGCCUGUAGAUAAUGAAUACUCACCUUCACACCAGCCAGAUCAACAAACUGGUGGAUCUAGAAAGGAGUCAUUUGAUAGUAAUGUAAGCAGUGAGGGGCCAUCUGAACUGUGCAGAACAAGAACAUUGGAUGCUGUGCAUCUGAAGUUUAAUGUGGAGGCUGGCUCUCUACUUCCCCUGGCUUUGAGGGGAAGAUUAAAGCAUGGCCGCCACUUCACAUUUAAAAGUGCAUUAAAUGAUGUUGCCAUCACUCUGGUAUCUUCAAGUGUAUUAGGUGCAAUAGUAGACGAGGAACAUCCAUAUGGGGCUCAUGGACCAUGGCUGCAGGUGUUGUUUACUGAUGAUUUUGUGGAGAGACUGUUAGUCCAGAUGGAAGAAUUAUCAACACCCGAAAAUAUUCAUCCUCCCAAAGUUUAUUCUUGGCCAGAAAAAAGGCUGUGUAUCACAAUCAUACCAGAUGAUCUGCCAGAAGGCCAAAGUUGAAGCUCAUCAUAUCAUGUCUGUACAUGUUGUAUGUGUACUGUAUGUACAAUAUGUGGCUUGUGGAAAAGUUGGAAGUCAACCAGGAUGGUGCUUCAAUUGUAUGGGGAUUUGAUGUUGUUCAUCUGCUCUUUUUAAGCCCUGAUUAAGAUGCAGUGGGAGAAGUUUCAAGAAAACUUUUUAAGUUGAAUGUAAAAUUCAUGCAAAGAGAAAACUGGCAUGAACUGUUUGCAUUUGAUGGCUUUGUCUUUAUUUGUUCAUUUGAAAAGGAAUAUAAUGGGCGAUUUUAAUGUUAGAAUACAUUUUGUGCUUUGGAAAAGCAUUUUACUUUGAAAUUCAUUUUUUUCUACUUUUGGUAUAGAUCUCCAUAUAUUACUAUUUAUCAAUAUAUUUUAAAUGAGCUGUAUAUUUUUUCUAUGUAGAAUUUCUCAAGACAUUUUACUUAAAUUGCUAGAAGUAAAGAGAAACAAAAUUUGCUUAAGAGGCCAAACAUUUUACCAUGACAUUUUAUAUACACUUCAUUUGUUCAUUUCUCACAUCUCCAAAUGAAUUUUUGAGAGUCACUCAUAUAUGCAAUAAACUGUGUAAUUCG